UUGACAAGUAGGAAGAAGUGCCUUGGCUGCCACACCUCCGUGUCUCAGACAACACAGCCGCACUCUUUCGCUUGUCUUCAAUACUUCUACAGGAGUUUGUAGCUUUGUGGAGGAAUUACACGUUCGAAUAGGAGGGAGAAAGACAGAAAGUUAAAAUGGCUCCCACUGUAGAGGUGCUGGUGCUGGUUGACUUCGAGGGCACCAUGGGAGACGAGCUCUCAGUGAGGAUGGGGGAUGUGGUCAAAAACGUCACCAAGGCCAGCGAGGAGGGCUGGCUGGAGGGGGAGCUGAGAGGGAAGAGAGGGAUCGUUCCUGCUAACUUUGUCAAGGAGGUGCCUGUCAAUUUGAUGGGUGACAGCAAGAGGGAACCACGAAGCAUUAGAACAAUGAAGAGGAUGAAACAGGUGAGGAAAUGUGAGGUGGCGUAUACCUACAGCCCCAUGAAUGAAGAUGAGCUGCCGCUGGUUGUUGGGGAGACUAUAGAGAUCAUCAGAGAGAUUGAAGAUGGAUGGUGGAUGGGGAUGAAAAAUGGAAAAGUGGGCGCAUUUCCAUCUAAUUUUGUCAAGGAAAUAUUUGUUUCGCCUAAAGAGGGAAAGCACAAUGAGGGCAAGGCAAGACCCAAGCUCACUGAGGCAGUGUUCAGUAAGGAGAUAUCUCAAAGGACAAGUGUGAGGAAUAAAACAAAGCAACAGGUGGAGUGUUGCCAAGUCAUGUUUGACUACAAGGCCAAAGCAGAGGAUGAGUUGGAUCUGAAAAAUGGAGACAUGGUGGUCAUACUGAGAAAGGAAGCAGAAGAUGAAGGCUGGUGGGAGGGAGAGUUAAACGGACGCUGUGGCUUCUUCCCGGAUAACUUUGUGAUGGUGAUUCCACCAAUGGACAGUCUGCAAUCUGGGACCACAAGCCAACCGCCUGCUCGCGACGUCAACAAGAAACUCUCAGUAAAGACAGAGGCCUCAGCGAUGGAGAAAGGUGGUCCAACAAAAACAAAAGAUGAUAAACCGGACGUUAAGGACCUGAGAAGCAACCCACCAACCAAAGUCAAACUGCCGUCAUUCAACAAGCCCAGCCCGCCUCCAGUAAAAGACAAACCCAACAAGGAUUUACCAAGCAGAAUCAAUGGUGAUGUGGCCCCCGUAUCUCCAAAACAACCAGAGGAGAAAGAGACCGACCAGUUCGAUGGCGUGGAUCUGCAGACUGAAAAGCUGAGUCAUCCUACAGCAAACAGAGCCAAACCCCCACAGAGGAGACCACCAUCAGGCCUGGUCGCAGCAAGCACAGAAAAUCUUCUGCCAUCACCUGCAAAGCCUGACCCCCGACCCAAGACACCGCCUCCGACUCGACCAGUCCCACCCAAAGUUGUUGUGGAUGGCAAAACUGUGACCCAUGACUCAAGCUUGGAAAGCCUGCAGGCAGAAAUCAAAGAGCUGAGGAUGGCUCUGGAGCUGCUGCAGACACGACAGGGGCGAGACAUACAAGAAGUGAAAGAAGAACUGAAGGAGGAGAGAAACAAGCGAUUGGCACUGCAGGAGGAAAUAAAAGCUUUGAGGAUGAAGCAUUAAUCCCAACACAGACUGGGACUGGGCUGCCUGUCCGACACUGUGCCAUGCCGAUUCUUGUACUGCAAGGCUCAACUAAGACGGACAUUUUUCUGACAUGGUUUGGACAUGGUGAAGACGAGCCUGCGCUCCAACUGCAGGCACACAAUCGGGGACUAUAUUCUGAAGUAAAGUUAAAAAAAAAAAAGGAUCAAGCUAACCCUGCACUGCACUGUAGAAGCCUGAUUCUUCAAAAGACUUUCUUCAAAAGUUUUUACAUAUCUGAAUGCUGUAAAUCUCAAAGAUUGGUCUUAAGUGGGUUACUCGUGGGUUGCUAAAGACUGUUUUGUGUUUUUCUGUUUCAACUGUCACCUUUCGUACCUUUAUCAUCGAUCUUACUGUACCUUUUACAUUUUAAAACCGAAUGCAACAUGUAAUAUAUGCAAAAUGCAUAAGAUGAUUUAUUGUGAUGUCUUUUGCAAAGACCUAAAAUAUAAUUUUAAGUCAUCAA